AUGAUGACGAUGAUGAUGUGUGUCUGUGCUUCAGGACCAGUAACGGUAAGAGUACGGUGAUCAACGCCAUGCUGAGGGAGCGCGUGUUGCCCAGCGGCAUCGGUCACACCACCAACUGUUUCUUGAGGGUGGAGGGAACCGAUGGAGACGAGGCGUACCUCACCACGGAGGCGUCCAAUGACAGGAGGAGCGUCACCACGGUGAACCAGCUGGCUCAUGCCCUCCACAUGGAUCCCACUCUGGACUCUGGCAGUCUGGUGAAGGUGAUGUGGCCUAAAAGCUGCUGUGCUCUGCUGAGAGACGACCUGGUGCUGAUGGACAGCCCCGGCACCGAUGUCACUCUGGAGUUAGACAGCUGGAUCGAUAAGUUCUGUCUGGACGCCGACGUCUUUGUUCUGGUGGGAAACGCUGAGUCGACGCUCAUGAACACGGAGAAACUUUUCUUCCACAAAGUCAGCGAGAGAAUCUCCAAACCGAAUAUCUUCAUCCUCCACAACAGAUGGGACGCUUCAGUGAGUGAACCGGAAUACAUCGAGGAGGUGAGGAAGCAGCACCUGGACCGCUGUGUGAGUUUCCUGGCCGAGGAGCUGAAGGUGGUCGGCCUGGACGAGGCUCCAGGGAGGAUCUUCUUCGUCUCGGCCAAAGAGGUCCUGAGCUCCAGGAUGCAGCGAGCGCAGGGCAUGCCUGAGACAGGUGGCGCUCUGGCUGAAGGUUUCCAUGAGAGACUGAGAGAGUUCCAGAUGUUUGAGAGGACGUUUGAGGAGUUCAUCUCUCAGUCUGCAGUGAAGACCAAGUUUGAGCAGCACACAGUGAGAGCGCGGCAGAUCACUGAGGCCAUCAAAGCUGUGAUGGACGCCAUCAACAUCGCCUCCGCUGACAGGAAGAUAUGCUGCCUGGAGGAGCGCGAGGAUCAGAGGGACCGGCUUGAUUUCGUCAGAGAACAGAUUAACCGUCUGACCGACAACGUCAAAGAGAGGAUCAAGACUCUGACCGAAGAUGUCUCUGCCAAGGUUGCUACAGCGCUGUCGGAUCAGAUCCGCUCACUUCCUGUUCUGGUGGAGGAGUUCAGAGCCGAUUUCAACCCUACACAAGAAACUCUGGAGUUCUACAAAACUGUGAGUACUGCAGUACAACUACAAGUACUCAACCUCUGUACUAGUACAAUGUUCACAAUCACCCCUCCCCCCCAUUAA